UCAUCUGUGACUGUCCCCCAGAUGCUGGCCAUGCUGCUGGAGCACAGGGCAGCUUUAUCCUACACACGCUGUGCUGCUCAGUUCUUCCUGUUCACCUUUUUUGGUUCCAUUGACUGCUACCUCCUGGCCCUCAUGGCCUAUGACUGCUACUUGGCUGUGUGCCAGCCCCUGCUUUAUGUCACCAUCAUGACACAGCAAGCCCGCUUGAGUCUUGUGGCUGGGGCUUACGUUGCUGGUCUCUUCAGUGCCUUGGUGCGGACAGUCUCGGCCUUCACUCUUUCCUUCUGUGGAGCCAAUGAGAUUGACUUUAUUUUCUGUGACCUCCCUCCUCUGUUAAAGCUGGCCUGUGGGGACAGCUACACUCAGGAAGUGGUGAUUGUUGUGUUCGCCAUUUUUGUCAUCUCUGCCUCCAUGGUGGUGAUCUUGGUGUCCUAUUUGUUUAUCAUCGUGGCCAUCAUGAGGAUUCCCUCUGCUGGAAGCCAGGCCAAGACCUUCUCCACCUGCACCUCCCACCUCACUGCUGUGUCACUCUUCUUUGGUACUCUCAUCUUCUUGUACCUCAGAGGUAACUUGGGCCAGUCUUCGGAGAAGAAUCAGGUAGUGUUUGUGCUUUACACAGAGGUCAUCCCUAUGUUAAAUCCCCUCAUCUAUAGCCUGAGGAACAAGGAAGUAAAGGAGGCCCUGAGAAAAUUUCUCAAUAGAGUCAAGUUGUCCUAACCAUCUCCAAACUUGGAAAAUCCUGAGAACCACCUACUCUGUAGUGUCAGUGUUCUGGAUGCUCAUUAUUUAUAGCAUGCUCAAUGUUUAAAUGAAUAUAUUAUGGCACAAGGUGUAAAAAAGAACCAGAACUUUUGCAGGGAGAGGAAGAAAGACAAGGAAAAGUCAGUCUGAAAAGAGAUUGGAGUGGGAGUCUUGACUCCCAGGACAAGUGACAAAAGGAUUUGAAAUUAAAUCCUGUGAAAUUAAAUCCAAAUGUGGCGCAACUCACCUGUCUAUGAUUAUAACAGUAGUUUUUUUAAAUAUAAAUUUUAA